AUGGAAGUUUCCCCAAACCAGCCAGCAUCUAAUAAAACCAGUGCAAAGAGCAACAACUCUGCAUUUUUCUACUUUGAGUCCUGCCAACCUCCUUGGCUAGCUUUACUCUUCCUACUUGUAGCCUAUACUGUGGUUUUAAUCUUGGGCAUUUUUGGAAACCUCUCUCUUAUCAUCAUCAUCUUUAAGAAGCAGAGAGAAGCUCAGAACGUCACCAACAUACUGAUUGCCAAUCUUUCUUUCUCUGAUAUCUUGGUGUGUGUCAUGUGUAUCCCUUUUACUGUCAUCUAUACUCUGAUGGACCACUGGGUAUUUGGGAACACCAUGUGUAAGCUCACUUCCUAUGUGCAAAGUGUCUUUAUCUCUGUGUCCAUAUUCUCCCUUGUAUUAAUUGCUAUUGAACGAUAUCAGCUGAUUGUGAACCCCCGUGGCUGGAAGCCCAAGGUAUCUCAUGCCUAUUGGGGCAUCAUCUUGAUUUGGCUCAUUUCCCUUCUAUUAUCUAUUCCCUUAUUCCUGUCCUACCAUCUCACCAAUGAGCCCUUUCACAAUCUCUCCCUCCCCACUGACAUCUAUACCCACCGGGUAGCCUGUGUGGAGAUCUGGCCUUCCAAAAUGAACCAGCUCCUCUUUUCCACUUCCUUGUUUAUGCUCCAGUAUUUUGUCCCUCUGGGUUUCAUCCUCAUCUGCUACCUGAAGAUUGUUAUCUGCCUCCGUAAAAGAACAAGGAAGGUAGACAGGAAGAAGGAAAAUGAGAGCCGGCUCAGUGAGAACAAGAGGAUCAAUGUGAUUUUGGUUUCCAUCGUGGUGACCUUUGGAGCCUGCUGGCUGCCCUUGAACAUCUUCAACAUCAUCUUUGACUGGUAUCAUGAGGUGCUGAUGAGCUGCCACCACGACCUGGUAUUUGUAGUUUGCCACUUGGUUGCUAUGAUUUCUACAUGCAUAAAUCCUCUCUUUUAUGGCUUUCUUAACAAAAAUUUCCAGAAGGACCUGAUGAUGUGUAUUCACCACUGCUGGUGUUUUGAGCCACAGGAAAGAUAUGAAAAUAUUGCUGUGUCCACUAUGCACACAGAUGAAUCCAAGGGAUCUUUAAGACUGGCUCAUAUACCAGCAGGUAUAUAG